AUGUGUUCAGUUUCUUUUACUUCUCAUAUCUAUUAUGUGGUUUUCUUUCUUUAUUACUAUUUUCUUUUUUUUCCUUGCUUCUUCCUUUCUCUUUCCCAUGAUUCUUUUUGCUUCUUUAUUUCUCUCUCCUCACCAAUUUCUGCUUUCUUUUUUUUUCUUUCUUGUUUAUUUGUUUCUGCUUCAUUGUUUAUUUUUCUUUCUAAUUUAUUUCUCUUUCCAUUAUUUCUUUGUUUUUUUUGGGGUUUUUUUUUGUUUUUUGUUCCUUUGUUUCUUUCAGAUUUUUUAAUUUUUUUUCAUUUUUGUUUAUCCUUUUUUACUUUACCUCUGCAUUAUUUUUUCUUUGCUAUCUUUUUUUUUUUUUUACUUCUUUUUGAAUUUUAUCAUAUUUCAUCUUUUCUUCUUUCUUUCUUUCUUCCAGUUUUGCUUUUCUUUAUUUCUUUUAUUUCUCUUUGGUCAUCCCUCCUCAUUUCAUUUCUUUCUUUAUUUGUUCAUUUAUAUUUUGUUUCUUUUAUGCUUUAUUUUCUUUAUUUCUUCCUUUCUUUCCUCUUUGGUCAUCUUUCUUCAUUCCAUUUUUUUUAUUUUUGCUUAUUUACUUCUUUUGAGAAACCUCUUUAUUUUUCUCACACUUUUCUUUUUAUCUAUAUUUUUUGGUUCAUUUUGGGGGUUUUUUCUGAUAGGGAAUGA